AUGCCUGCCUGUCAUGGCUGUCGAGUGCGCAAGGUCAAGUGCGAUGAUGGAAAUCCCUGCUCGCCGUGUCGUCAGUUCGAUGUCCAAUGCAUCAGAUCGACAGCCCCGAGGAAACGUCAGAACCCCAAGCGAGGGCGUCUAGUAGCCCAGGCCAGAGAAGGCAAUAUCCAACAGCAGACGGCUCUUUCGCCAAGUGCUUCAGUGUCUCCUUCGGCAGUUCAUUCAACGCCUCAUGCAGCUAGCGAAUGGCCGCCAGGGAGUAGCCCUGGUUCUGCAUCAGGGCCAUUCUCCCCAAACUCCGAGGCCUUUACCAAUGGCUUCUUUCACUCGCUGCUGCCCGAGUUCGAGAAGGUCGUUUACCCUUUCAGUCCUGCAGUUACUCCCGAGGAUAUCCUUGCCUCAAUAUCCAUGAUGCAUCAUAAUCCUGAGGACGCAGCUUUGGUAUACGCAUAUGCAGCUGUCACCACAUUUUUGUCACAGACGGCGGAAAACACACACGGUAGUGUUGCAGCGCAAAUAAGCAAUCUGGUCUACCACAGUCUCGACGCACAUCAUCGUGCCGGCAUCAGUAGUCAUGGCCCAGGACGUGUAGAUGAGGGGUUGCCUCACAGCAUCAAGCGCAUCGUUACAUGUAUCUACCUCGAGAUCUCAACAAUGGGGUUAACUCGUCUCGACCGAAGUUUCAGCUUCAUACGGGAGGCUAUAUCGCUAAUUCAGGUCAUGGAGGCUCAGCAACGGACGUUACCAGAUCAUACGCGGACAACGUAUCCGAUGGCUCGAUUUCAGCAAGUGUACUGGGAGGUGUAUAUCCACGAGAGAUUUCUCACCAUUGCCGAUGGAUACCCUAGCAUCAUGCCUCCUCUUCAUACAAACCUUUCAGCUACAGAUGCUUCCACCCCGGAACACAUCCGAGUUGGUUUUAACUGCUUAAUAGAACUCUUCCUCAUUCUGGACGAGACGUUCCUCGCAUCUUGGCAAUCGCAAAGGGGUGCAAUUGGUGGGCUAACGGUGCAAUGGAUUGAGAGCAAGCAAGUGCAGCUCGAUCAGGCUGAGAUGAACGCUGCAGCUGCUGAAGCCAGAAUGAACAAUGCUGGACACGCUGGUUUCACAGAACUGCAACGCGCCGAUCUCUUUAUCACAAGACUCUGGUUGCGAACAUUGCUCUGGCAACUGGCGCUCUCCCAAGGUCUUCUACGAUCAGGAUCCUCAGAUACAACACACGAGGGACUGUCACUGCAAUUCCCAGCAUCGCGUCUAUCAAUACAACUUCGCAGCCUCGUUGACAGGCUGGAUAGUAUUGUGAGUAUAGCAACGCAAGGCAGUGGUAUCAUACAAAAGCUCUUCGAGAUUGCCAGCACCAUCGCCGAUGUACUCGCUCUUCCUGCGGGGCACAGCGCAGAGGACGGACUUCGUUCGCAUGUGAAAGAUUUUCUUUAUGUGGUCAAUUUUCUUCUAGAGUUGGGCUUGAUGAGAGAGAACCAGAAGGAGUAUCUACGUGAGAAAUAUCACAUGUUACAGCCGUUAAAUACAGAGGAGGAAAUGCCUGCACAUAAUGGGGAGCAGGCAGUUGCGUCCUAA